UACUGAGCACUUAUUGGCCACUUUUCCUUCACUCUCUGGUCAGACUCCUCCAAAACCAUUUCUACUCUGUUUAGGUCAGGUGGCCAGGUCAUGUGAUGUGACACUCUAUCACUCUCCUUUGUAGGUGGAUUGGUAUGUCCAAACUUUUUACUGGUACCCUACACAUUUAUUUAUUUACAGGGAUUUUUGUUGUGUGUUUGAAAGUCAUUGUGUGGAGCAUUCAAUUAAGCAACAUGAUCAGAAGUGAAAAACAAAUGUUUUAUCAUAUAGUGAUGCUGCAUUAUAGCCUUACAUUUAUAAUUAAUUGAUCAACUUGGUGCUGGUGUUUUGUCUAUUCUACUGGGGCUCACCUCAGCUAGGUUCAGUGAUGUGAUGAGAAUCUAGUAAAUCGGAUCAGCAGUGCAUAGUGCCCUAAGGGCCCUUUCUCAUUAAAGACACCAUUCACAGCAGGGCCUCUGGUGACCGUAAGUCCCAAACUCCCACAGAAGCAGUGUCACCCUUAUCGCAUGCUGUGCAUAAGUUAUCCUGUGAACAACAGGCUAAUCUCCAGCAAUGUAUAUAAAAAUCCUAACUAGACAGAAGCUAAAUGUCAUCUCCUUUUUGGAAACUGACACUGGCCUUUAAUGGGAAUGUUCCUGAUAGUCACUAAAUGACUUCCUUUAAUUUAAUCUCUGUCAAACUCUGUCCCCUAAUAAAUAUGAGAACAGCCAAUCAAUUUCUCCUUGCGUCUGUAGUCAUUACUCAGCAGUUCCUGAUCUUGGCAUUCAUUAUAUGUGCACCAGCACUUUCAGUCCCCUUUUCUGAACUGGCUUGCUGAGAUUCCCACAUCAUGGAGCACCAGGAGUGGAUGGGAAGUAAUAAAAGCAGCUUUCCAGAUCAAAUGGAUGGAUUCAGAAAGCAGCUGCUAAUCAUCCAGUUCUUCUUAUCCAUAACUGGGAUUCUGGGAAACGUCAUUCUAUUUGCAUCUAUCAUCAGAAUGAAUCACAUGAAGACCUUUGAGAUCUUCUUGUUUGGACUAGCCACCUCAAACCUGGUGAUGCUCAUAAAUGUGGAGGUUUAUGAUGUGACGCUCAUCUUUUACUCACAGUCAUGGUCUUUGCCUUUAAAGCAUUGCAGCGCCAUGAGGUUUCUCAAGGUUUUCGGGGUGACAGCUUCUAUGUACUUCACAGUGCUGAUCUGUGUUUUCCGCUACCAGAAGCUUCGGGAUGCUGGGACACGCGGACAGAUGCCGGUGCCUUUGGACAACAUCCUUGUAGCCGGUGCGGCCAGCUGGGUUGGUAUGCUGCUGGCUGCCAUUCUGGCAGUACCCACUUUUUUCAUAGAUUUUGACGUGUCCACCUACACUGGCAACGCCAGCUGCUCCAUGGAUAUCUUCCAUUGUUUCCAGGGGCCCUGCCCAGUCGCCCAUGCCAUAUAUAAGUAUGUGUUCCUCCUCAUCCUGAAUUUCCUGCCCUUCGUCAUUGUCACUGGAUGUAGCUGCCUUAUCCUUCGGAUCAUUCUGCAUCAGCAAAAGCUCAUACAUGACCAUGAACUUGUUGAGGAUGUUCAUCACCACAUGCACCAUCAUCAUCAUCAUCAUCAUCAUCACAACCUCCACAAGAGCACCAUCGCAAUCCUGGCUGCUAUGGGAAUCUGCCAGGUAACAUGGACAUCAUACCUGACUUUGUACUUAGCCUUCGAUUCAUACACAUUCCAGUUUUGGCCUGAAGCUGAAUUCUACAUCACCACCCUGUAUGCCACCAUCAGCCCAUAUGUGUACGGUAUUGGAAAUAACUUCUUCUCUAUUAAUCACUGCAUUAGGUGAAUUUGCUUCUUUUGUGUCAGAUAAUGAAGACAAUUAGAUUUGAACCCUUGUUUUGGAGAAACAAUUUGCUGUAGUGUAGAGUAAUAAUGUAUAAUAAUGUCAAGUCAUUAAUUUGGUCUGGUAUAUUCAGAAAAAGCUGGCAAAUAAA